AUGAGCACCGAUGCGGAGAUGGAGCAGUAUGGCGCUGCCGCCAUUUACCUCAGGAAGCCCGAGAAGGAGAGGAUUGAGGCUCAGACGGCUCCCUUUGAUGCCAAAAGUGCCUUCUUUGUGGCCGAUCAAGCUGAGAUGUACCUCAAGGGUAAACUCACAAAGAGGGAAGGUGGAAAAGCCACAGUUGAAAUUGAUGGUGGAAAGGUAAGCAACAGCUUUUUGGUAACUUUAACCGUCACAGUGAAAGAGGAUGACAUCCACCCCAGAAACCCUCCCAAGUUCGACAAAAUUGAGGACAUGGCCAUGAUGACCCACCUCAACGAGCCUUGCGUGUUGUAUAACCUCAAAGAGCGUUAUGCGUCUUGGAUGAUCUACACCUACUCUGGGUUGUUCUGCGUUGUCGUGAAUCCCUACAAGUGGCUUCCAGUGUACGACGCUACAUGUGUCGGCGCGUACAGAGGCAAGAAGAGGAUUGAGGCACCACCCCACAUCUUCUCCAUCUCUGAUAACGCCUAUCAGUUCAUGCUCACGGAUCGUGAGAACCAGUCUGUUCUGAUUACUGGAGAAUCCGGUGCCGGAAAGACUGUCAACACCAAGCGUGUCAUCCAGUACUUUGCAACAAUUGCAGCUAUUGGUUCAAAGAAGGCUGAACAACCACAAUCAGCAGGCAAAAUUCAGGGCUCCCUUGAGGACCAAAUUGUUGCUGCCAACCCUCUGCUGGAAGCCUACGGUAAUGCUAAAACUGUGAGGAACGACAACUCCUCUCGUUUCGGUAAAUUCAUUAGGAUUCACUUUGCCACUACUGGAAAGCUGGCCUCAGCUGAUAUUGAAACAUAUCUGCUGGAGAAGUCCCGCGUGACCUUCCAAUUGUCUGCUGAGAGGAGCUACCAUAUCUUCUAUCAGCUGAUGACUGGACACAAGCCUGAGCUGCUGGAGGGUCUUCUGAUCACCACCAACCCAUAUGACUACCCAAUGAUCAGCCAGGGUGAAAUCACUGUCAAGAGCAUCAAUGAUGUUGAAGAGUUCAUCGCAACAGACACAGCUAUUGACAUCCUGGGAUUCACUGCGGAAGAGAAGCUUGGCAUCUACAAGCUAACUGGUGCUGUGAUGCAUCACGGCAACAUGAAAUUCAAGCAGAAGCAGCGUGAGGAGCAGGCUGAACCUGAUGGCACUGAGGUGGCUGACAAGAUUGCCUAUCUUAUGGGCCUGAACUCAGCUGAUAUGCUGAAAUCUCUGUGCUAUCCCAGAGUCAAAGUCGGAAACGAGAUGGUGACCAAAGGUCAGACUGUUCCACAGGUCAACAAUGCUGUCUCAGCUUUGUGCAAGUCUGUCUAUGAGAAAAUGUUCUUGUGGAUGGUCAUCCGCAUCAAUGAGAUGUUGGACACAAAGCAGCCGAGGCAGUUCUUCAUUGGAGUGUUGGAUAUCGCUGGAUUUGAGAUCUUCGAUUUCAACAGCUUGGAGCAACUGUGCAUCAACUUCACCAAUGAGAAACUGCAACAGUUCUUCAACCAGCAUAUGUUCGUCCUGGAGCAAGAGGAAUACAAGAAAGAGGGCAUUGAAUGGGAGUUCAUUGACUUCGGUAUGGACUUGGCUGCCUGCAUUGAGCUUAUUGAGAAGCCAAUGGGCAUCUUCUCCAUCCUUGAAGAGGAGUGCAUGUUCCCCAAGGCCUCUGACACAACCUUCAAGAACAAGCUGCACGAUCAGCAUCUUGGCAAAACCAAGGCCUUUGAGAAGCCCAAGCCCGCAAAGGGCAAGGCUGAGGCUCACUUCUCUCUGGUUCACUAUGCUGGUACUGUGGACUACAAUAUCGCUGGCUGGUUGGACAAGAACAAGGAUCCACUGAACGACUCUGUCGUCCAGCUCUACCAGAAGGCAGCAAACAAACUGCUGGCUAUGUUGUAUGCUGCCCAUGCUUCAGCUGAAGAUUCCGGUGCUAAGAAGGGUGGUGGAAAGAAGAAGGGUGGUUCCUUCCAGACUGUCUCUGCUCUUUUCAGAGAAAACUUGGCCAAGCUGAUGACCAACCUGAGGAGCACCCACCCUCACUUUGUGCGCUGCCUGAUUCCCAACGAAUCAAAGACCCCGGGUCUUAUGGAGAACUUCUUGGUCAUUCACCAGCUGAGGUGUAACGGUGUGCUUGAGGGCAUCAGAAUCUGCAGGAAAGGUUUCCCCAGCAGAAUCCUCUAUGGUGACUUCAAGCAGAGAUACAAAGUACUGAAUGCCAGUGUGAUCCCUGAUGGUCAAUUCAUUGACAACAAGAAGGCUGCAGAGAAACUGCUGGGAUCCAUUGACGUGGACCACACUCAGUACAGAUUUGGACACACAAAGGUGUUCUUCAAAGCUGGUCUUCUGGGUACCCUUGAGGAGAUGAGAGAUGAGAAACUGGCUGAGCUGGUGACCAUGACUCAGGCCCUCUGCAGAGGAUAUGUUAUGAGGAAAGAGUUUGUGAAGAUGAUGGAAAGGAGGGAAGCUAUCUACAGCAUCCAGUACAACGUCCGUUCCUUCAUGAAUGUGAAGAACUGGCCAUGGCUGAAACUGCACUUCAAGAUCAAGCCGCUCCUGAAGAGCGCUGAGACCGAGAAAGAGUUGCAGCAAAUGAAGGAGAAUUAUGACAAGAUGCAAUCAGAUCUAGCUACUGCUCUUGCCAAAAAGAAGGAGUUGGAAGAGAAAAUGGUUUCCUUGCUGCAGGAGAAGAACGACCUGCAACUGCAAGUAGCAGCGGAAGGUGAGAACCUCUCAGAUGCUGAGGAGCGGUGUGAGGGUCUCAUUAAGAGCAAGAUUCAACUCGAGGCCAAACUCAAAGAGGCGACCGAGAGACUGGAAGACGAAGAGGAAAUCAAUGCUGAGCUUACAGCGAAGAAGAGGAAGCUGGAGGAUGAAUGCUCAGAGCUGAAGAAAGAUAUUGACGACCUGGAACUCACCUUGGCUAAAGUGGAGAAGGAAAAACACGCCACUGAAAACAAGGUGAAAAACCUGACAGAGGAGAUGGCCACUCAAGAUGAGUCUAUUGCCAAGUUGACAAAGGAGAAGAAAGCCCUCCAAGAAGCCCACCAGCAAACACUGGAUGAUCUCCAGGCUGAGGAAGACAAAGUCAACACUCUGACCAAGGCCAAGACAAAGCUGGAACAGCAAGUCGAUGAUCUUGAGGGCUCAUUGGAGCAAGAGAAGAAGCUCCGCAUGGACCUUGAGAGAGCCAAGAGAAAGCUUGAGGGUGACCUGAAACUGGCCCAGGAAUCCAUAAUGGAUCUGGAGAAUGACAAGCAACAAUCAGAUGAAAAACUCAAGAAGAAAGACUUUGAGUUCAGCCAGCUGCUCAGCAAGAUUGAGGAUGAGCAGUCUCUUGGUGCUCAGCUUCAGAAGAAGAUCAAGGAACUCCAGGCUCGCAUUGAGGAGCUUGAAGAGGAGAUCGAGGCUGAGAGGGCCGCCCGCGCCAAGGUGGAGAAGCAGAGGUCUGACCUUUCUCGUGAGCUGGAGGAGAUCAGCGAGAGACUGGAGGAAGCCGGCGGAGCAACAGCUGCACAGAUUGAGAUGAACAAGAAGCGCGAGGCUGAGUUCCAGAAGCUGCGUCGCGAUCUUGAAGAGUCCACCCUGCAGCACGAGGCUACGGCAGCCGCUCUCCGCAAGAAGCAGGCCGACAGCGUCGCGGAGCUGGGCGAGCAGAUCGACAACCUCCAGCGUGUCAAGCAGAAGCUGGAGAAGGAGAAGAGCGAGUACAAGAUGGAGAUUGAUGACCUCUCCAGCAACAUGGAGUCUGUUGCUAAAGCCAAGAGCAACUUGGAAAAAAUGUGCAGAACACUUGAAGACCAGUUUGCAGAGCUCAAAACCAAAUAUGAUGAGAAUGGUCGUCAGCUGAACGAUGUCAGCGUAUUGAAAGCAAGACUCCAAACUGAAAACGGUGAGUUUGCUCGUCAGCUUGAAGAGAAGGAAGCCCUUGUUUCCCAGUUGACAAGGGGCAAGCAAGCUUUCACUCAGCAAAUGGAAGAGCUUAAGAGACUGAAUGAGGAGGAAGUCAAGGCCAAGAACGCCCUGGCCCAUGCUGUUCAGUCUGCCCGCCACGACUGUGAUCUGCUCAGAGAGCAGUAUGAGGAAGAGCAAGAGGCUAAAGCUGAGCUCCAGCGAGGAAUGUCCAAGGCCAACAGCGAGGUGGCACAGUGGAGAGCCAAAUAUGAGACUGAUGCUAUCCAGCGCACUGAGGAACUGGAGGAGGCCAAGAAGAAGCUUGCCCAGCGUCUUCAGGAUGCUGAGGAAUCCAUUGAAGCUGUCAACUCCAAGUGCGCCUCUCUGGAGAAGACCAAGCAGAGGCUGCAGGGUGAGGUGGAGGACCUCAUGAUUGAUGUGGAGAGAGCUAACGCCCUGGCUGCCAACCUUGACAAGAAACAGAGGAACUUUGACAAGAUUCUGGCAGAAUGGAAGCAAAAGUUUGAGGAGGGUCAGGCAGAGCUUGAUGGAUCUCAGAAGGAGGCUCGUUCUCUCAGCACUGAGCUUUUCAAGAUGAAGAACUCCUAUGAGGAGGCUCUGGAUCAGCUGGAGACCAUGAAAAGGGAGAACAAGAACCUGCAGCAGGAGAUCUCUGAUUUGACUGAACAAAUUGGUGAGAGUGGAAAGAGCAUCCAUGAGCUGGAAAAGGCCAAGAAGACUGUGGAGACUGAGAAGACUGAAAUGCAGACAGCUCUAGAGGAGGCAGAGGGCACACUGGAGCACGAGGAAGCCAAGAUUCUCCGUGUUCAACUCGAGCUCAACCAGGUCAAGGGCGAGGUUGACAGGAAGCUGGCCGAGAAGGACGAAGAGAUGGAGCAGAUCAAGCGAAACAGCCAGAGAAUUAUUGACUCCAUGCAGAGCACUCUUGAUGCUGAGGUCAGGAGUAGGAAUGAUGCUCUGAGGGUCAAGAAGAAGAUGGAGGGAGACCUGAAUGAGAUGGAGAUUCAGCUCAGCCAUGCUAACAAACAGGCUGCUGAAGCCCAGAAACAGUUGAGGAAUGUCCAGGGACAACUCAAGGAUGCUCAACUGCAUCUUGAUGAUGCUGUCAGAGGACAAGAAGACAUGAAGGAACAGGCUGCCAUGGUGGAGCGCAGGAACGGCCUCAUGCUGGCUGAAAUCGAGGAGUUGAGAGCCGCUUUGGAGCAGACCGAAAGAGGCCGCAAAGUGGCCGAACAGGAACUGGUCGAUGCUAGCGAGCGUGUCGGACUGCUUCACUCUCAGAACACCAGUCUGCUGAACACCAAGAAGAAGCUGGAGUCUGACUUCGUCCAGGUUCAAGGCGAGGUUGAAGAUGCUGUUCAGGAAGCACGUAACGCUGAAGAGAAGGCCAAAAAGGCUAUCACUGAUGCUGCCAUGAUGGCUGAAGAACUGAAAAAGGAGCAGGACACCAGUGCCCAUCUGGAGAGGAUGAAGAAGAACCUUGAGGUCACCGUCAAGGAUCUGCAGCACCGUCUGGAUGAGGCCGAGAACCUCGCCAUGAAAGGAGGCAAGAAGCAACUCCAGAAACUGGAAUCCAGGGUGCGUGAGCUUGAAGCUGAAGUUGAUGGCGAGCAGAGACGUGGAGCUGAUGCCAUUAAAGGUAUUCGCAAAUAUGAGAGGAGGGUGAAGGAGCUAACCUACCAGACUGAGGAGGACAAGAAAAACGCAACCAGGCUUCAGGAUCUGGUGGACAAACUGCAGCUAAAAGUCAAGGCUUACAAGAGGCUGUCUGAGGAGGCUGAGGAGCAGGCUAACACUCACAUGUCCAGAUUCAGGAAGGCCCAGCAUGAGCUGGAAGAAGCUCAGGAGCGUGCUGACAUCGCGGAAUCUCAGGUCAACAAGCUGAGGGCUAAGAGCCGUGAUGUUGGAAAGGUAACUAUGACAAACCGUGAGUAG